GGGGACUAGUAGGUGGGGGACGUCCUUCUGGCCCAGAAUCUUAAGGGGCAAAGGACAGACUUUUGGAUUGUAAACUCCGCCGGGAGCUGGGAGGCGGGAAGAGGUGUGUGGGCGGGGUCAGGGGUGAAAGGUCAUAGGGCUGCGAAGGGGGCGGAGCGAGCCGGAGGCGGAUGGCGGCUGCCGCGGCUCUUCAUCUUUGGCGGCAGAGUCACUGAAACGGGGACGCGGCUGCGACGCGUCCGGCAGUGGGAGGAGAGCGGCGGCCGCUCCCAACAUGCACAGCCUGGCGACAGCUGCGCCUGUGCCUACUGCACUGGCUCAGGUAGAUAGAGAAAAAAUCUAUCAGUGGAUCAAUGAGCUGUCCAGUCCUGAGACGAGGGAAAACGCUUUGCUGGAGCUGAGUAAGAAGCGAGAAUCUGUUCCUGAUCUUGCACCCAUGCUGUGGCAUUCUUUUGGUACUAUUGCAGCACUUUUACAGGAAAUUGUAAAUAUUUAUCCAUCUAUCAACCCACCCACUUUGACAGCACACCAGUCUAAUAGAGUUUGCAAUGCUCUGGCAUUACUACAAUGUGUGGCAUCACACCCAGAAACCAGGUCAGCAUUUCUUGCAGCACACAUCCCACUUUUUUUGUACCCCUUUUUGCACACCGUCAGCAAAACACGGCCCUUUGAGUACCUUCGGCUAACCAGUCUUGGAGUUAUUGGGGCCCUAGUGAAAACAGAUGAGCAGGAAGUAAUCAACUUUUUAUUGACAACAGAAAUUAUCCCUUUGUGUUUGCGCAUUAUGGAAUCUGGAAGUGAACUUUCCAAAACGGUUGCCACAUUUAUCCUCCAGAAAAUCCUCUUAGAUGACACAGGUUUGGCAUAUAUAUGUCAGACAUACGAGCGUUUCUCCCACGUUGCCAUGAUCCUGGGUAAGAUGGUCCUGCAGCUCUCCAAAGAGCCUUCCGCCCGUCUGCUGAAGCACGUAGUGAGGUGUUACCUGCGACUCUCAGAUAACCCCAGGGCACGUGAAGCGCUCAGGCAGUGCCUCCCUGACCAGCUGAAGGACACGACCUUCGCCCAGGUGCUAAAAGAUGACACCACCACGAAACGCUGGCUUGCACAACUGGUGAAGAACCUGCAAGAGGGCCAGGUCACCGAUCCCCGGGGCAUCCCCCUGCCCCCUCAGUGAUCCUCCCCCACCCCCUCCUACCACUCCCCCAAGUUGGGGAAGGGAGGGGGAACCCGCGAGGAAAACAGCUCAGGUUUUACCGCUGACCAGGAAUAGACAACCUCAAUGCUGAACUGCACUGGAGAAGAGGGGCGAGGUCACCCCGCUGGGGUGAACGGGCUGCCAUCUUGGGCUGCCUCCGGGACCCGGGCUCCCUCCGCUACUCCCAGGAGAUGGGCUCCUGACACAGCAGUCUGCCACCACAGCUCCAGGAGGGUGUCAACACCAGCAAAUGCUGUGUCUGCAACGUGCCAGCGAUGGCCCUUCUCCCUGACCCGUACUAGCCACUGGCGGGGAGGGGGACGUGGCGGUGGUAGCACGCUAGGCAUGCCGAACGCCUGGGACCAAGCCGUGUGGCGGUCUUCUAUUUUGCCUUCCUGGAAGACUCAAGACGUGUCUCUUCAUCCUCUCUCUCAGUAUUUGUUUACUUUGGUCUCUUGUUUUUGAUGUCAGAGAGAGGUGUGUUUAGUGGACACGAGCUGUAAUACUCAGCAGAACUUUGUCAAUUGGCACUGUUUACAAGUCUGUUAGCUGCAUAAGCUUAAUAAAAAAUUGGUCUGGGCAUUACA